GUUCCAUUUCUCCAGGGGAGCAGCUCGUUCCAGUCCCUCCAAACGUUUGUACAUGGAUGUAACUCGGAGGAAAUAACGUGCUACAUCAUCUACUCUAGAUCGGCGUGCAUUUCAAUUGAGGCAACAUUUCCAAUGAUUUUUGGAUUUGAGUUGUUUUUGGCAAUAAUUGUAUUUCCAUAGGCCUAGGUGAUUUUUUUUAUUCGCCAAAAGUUUUGUGUUUUAACUGGUUUGUUACAUUUCUGGAAAACAAAUACAGAUGCAGUGAAUUGAUAAUGACCGGUAUUAUGUUGAAGUGCCUUGUCUUGGCGCUCUUUAUUUGCGGGUCCAAAGUACUGGCUGACCUGCGAGUUGAGGGGGUCCAGGAGGACUUUGAUUCCAUGGACAGUGACAGCGCUUCAACCCUGGCCUUUGUGUUCGACGUUACCGGCUCAAUGUACGACGACCUCAAACAGGUGAUAGAGGGCGCUUCUCGGAUCCUGGAAAAGACCCUCAACCGGAGGACCAGACCCAUCAAAAACUUUGUCCUCGUCCCGUUUCAUGACCCAGACAUUGGCCCUGUGUCCAUCACCACUGACCCAAAGAAGUUCCAGCAGGAUCUGCAGGAGCUGUUUGUCCAGGGAGGUGGAGACUGUCCAGAGAUGAGUAUAGGAGCCAUAAAGAAGGCCCUGGAGGUGUCUCUACCAAGCUCCUUUAUCUACGUGUUCACUGAUGCCAGGGCCAAGGACUACCACCUGAAAAGGGACGUGCUGCAACUGGUGCAGCUCCGACAGUCACAGGUUGUGUUUGUCUUGACUGGGGACUGUGGAGACCGCUCUCAGCCUGGGUACAGAGCCUAUGAGGAGAUCGCUGCCACCAGCUCUGGACAGAUCUUUCACCUGAACAAGCAGCAAGUCAAUGAGGUCUUGAAGUGGGUGGAAGAGACAGUACAGGGCCUGAAGGUCCACCUGCUCUCCUCCAACCAUGACAGUGCUCAGGAGAACCAGUGGGAGGUGCCCUUUGACCCCAGCCUGAAGGAGUUCACUGUGUCACUUAGUGGGCCAGCCCCUCAGAUCGAGCUCAGGGAUCCCCUUGGUCGCAUUGUUGGAGUGGAGCAGGGCCUCACAGAGCUACUGAAUAUCCCAAACUCAGCCCGUGUUGUCAACCUGAAGUUCCCCCGACCUGGAGCCUGGACUCUGAAGGUGGGCUGUGGUGGCCGCCACACUCUGAGAGUUACAGGGGUCAGCAAUCUGGACUUCCGGGCUGGGUUCUCCAGUAUACCAGUGUCUGAGUUCAACUAUACCAGGGAGAGACCCAUCAAAGGAGUUCCAGCCCAUGUGUUACUGAAGUGUACAGGACUGAAGCCACCAGGUCAGCUGAGUCUCAUGGAGUUAGUGUCAGGUUCAGGACGCUCCCUACGCACCCUCCCUGUGCCUCUGCCCUCUGACAGGGGCAGCCGAGGACUCUGGAGUGUCCCAGAAUUUCGCACUCCUUCCCAAAGUUUCUUCCUCAAGGUGACAGGGAAGGAUGAGGAAGGUUACCGCUUCCAGAGGUUGUCCAGUGUCUCCUACACAAACAUCAUCCCAGAUCCCCCAGCUGUGAGCAUGCCCCUUGUGGUGAACAGCUUUUAUAUGCAGCCCGCUAUGAUUGGCUGUUCGGUAGAGAGCGAUGUUCCCUAUAGGCUGAGGUUCACCCGGAGUGGAGUGUCUCUUGGAGAGGAUAAGUUGUUCCAGUUCUCUGGCAAAGCAUCAUGGGAAAUUCCGCAUGCCUCAGGUGAGGAUGAGGGUCCGUACGAGUGCAUCGCUCAGAGCAGCGCGGGACUGGGACGAGCCCUCACACAGCUGACUGUGAGAGAGCCUCCUCCGGUGCUGAAGGCCCCAGUGAAUGUGAGCUCUACUGUGGGGGCCGUGGCUGUGCUGGCCUGCCAGGUGGAGGGCUCCAUGCGACACAACCUGACCUGGCAGCGGGCAGGCCUCACUAUCCUGACCCGCUCCGGGAGGGUACGGGUCUUGCCCAACUCCUUCCUGGAGAUCAGUGGGUUGCUGCCCCAGGACGCCGGCCAGUACCAGUGUGUGGCCACCAACGCCCAUGGAGACAGCCAAGUCACAGUGUGGCUGCUUGUCCCAGAGGCCCCUUCUGUGGUAGUCAGCCCCCAGAGCCAAGCCUUCUCCAGGGGGUCUGAGGUCCACUUCAUCUGCACAGCGUCCGGCUCCCCCACUCCACAGCUCUUCUGGAGUCAUGGAAACAUCUUCCUCACUAAUCAGCCAAGGAUGGCUAUAUCCAAACAUGGUAGCCUAACAAUCAGAGAUGCCCUCCCUGAGGAUGCUGGGAACUACACAUGCCUUGCAACCAAUAAGGCUGGAACUGCUAAACAGACUGUGUCUCUCAAUUAUGCAGAGGAACCCAGUAUCUGGGUGGUGAAACAGGUUGUGAUGGUAGCCGUUGGAGGUGAUGCCACUCUGGCAUGCCAAGCAACAGGUGUCCCCCCUCCUCUGGUCAAAUGGUCCAAAGGUGAUCUACAAGUAGACUCAGUUCCUUUUGCUGAGCAGGACGUGCAUCGUGGGACGCUGCAGAUCCGAGGGGUGCAGGAGAAGGAUGCCGGGGAGUACAGCUGUGUGGCCAGAAACCCGGCUGGAACCUCCUCUGCUACCGUUAUUCUGGAGGUUGGAGCGGCCCCUCUGUUCUCAGAAACCCCCGUUGACAUGAUGGCAGAUGUGGGGGAGAAUGUCACCCUWCCCUGUGUCGCCCAUGGUUUCCCAUUGCCCAAGGUUACCUGGCGUCGAGAUGAUGGGAGACCGAUUCUCACUAACGUAGACAGCAGCGGUAGCCAGGUGCAACUAGAAAAAGGGCAUCUCCUGAUCCAGAGUGUCUGGUUGGAUGAUGAAGGCGUGUAUGUCUGUGAGGCCAAGAACCAGUUUGGAACCAUCAGGACUGAGGCCAGAGUCAGUGUCAGUGGACUGGAGCCCCCUUUUUUGGCACAUGGUGCACCAGUCAUCACCACUGGGAUUGGUCAGUCUCUGAGCAUUCCCUGCAUGCUAUUGGAUGGAAUACCCCUGCCAGAGAGACACUGGACCCACAAUGGAAAUGAACUGCGGCUGAGUGGCAGGACAUUCCUGAGGAGUGAUGGCAGCCUGUACAUAGAGAGGGCACUCCCAGAGGAUGCUGGGACGUAUGUUUGCACUGCGGUGAACAUAGCGGGGUCGGUCAACAUAUCUGUCAGCCUGGAAGUCCAUGUGCCCCCAGAGAUCAGCGCUGGUCCAUACCACUACAUAGCCAAUGAGGGUGUGGCCAUUACCCUGUCAUGUGAGUCCAGUGGAGUUCCCAAGCCAACUAUUGUCUGGUCCAAGGGAAGGGAGCCCCUGCCCAGGGACAUGUCCUCUGCCCAGUCAGACAAUGAUGGUUACCUCCACAUCCUCAACCCCACUGCAGAGGAUGCAGGCAUAUACAUCUGCACAGCCACCAGUGCAGUGGGCUACGCCAGCCGUGAGAUCCAGCUUAGUGUCAACACCAAGCCUAAGAUCGUAGGUGUGAGCAGUCAGGAGAACACAGUUAAGAUGGCUGCCGAAGUGGGCUCUGAGGUCAUCCUCCCCUGUGAGGUCCAGGGCAGUCCCUCUCCCCUGGUCACAUGGAGCAGGAACGGCCAGCCCAUCCCUCCAGUCACUGCCUGGUUCACCGUGCUGCCUUCUGGCUCUCUGAAGAUCACUGAUGUCCGACUGGUUGAUAGUAAACUUUACACUUGCUCAGCAAAAAACCCAGCAGGCAACGUGUCUAUCAACUACAAUUUACACAUACAAGCUAAGCCCAAGAUCCAGGCAGCUCCGUCCCUGCUGAAGGCUCUGAUAGGCCAGACAGUGGUUCUGCCAUGUGUGGUUCAGGGGGAGCCCAGCCCUGAGAUCAGCUGGUUCCACGACGGACGUCCUGUCUGGGCCAGGGACACUGCAGCCCUCAAGAUCCACAGGGCCAGCCUCACUGACCAGGGCAUCUACAGCUGUGUGGCCAAGAACACUGCUGGACAGGACACCAUGGAGGUCAAACUGGAGGUGCUAGAGGCCCCGUCCUUCGCAGAGGCUGGAGAUGCCAUCAUGGAGAAAGUGUCUAACAGCAAGGUCACCAUUCCCUGCCCUGCUGAAGGCUCACCCCCUCCCAAGGUACGCUGGUUCAAGAACGGUCUGGAGAUACACCCUGACCAAUCAGAGCUAUCUGUGGCACAGGACGGCUCUCUUGUGAUUGGUUCAGCAUCUGCCAGUCACAGUGGGGACUUCACAUGUGUAGCCAGCAAUGAUGCAGGCUCUGUUGAGCGGAAGACCCGCCUGAAAGUGCAUGUUCCCCCUGAGAUCCAGGAUGAUGGACAGCCCCUGAACCUGACAGUCACCCUGAAGCAGCCACUCACUCUGGGCUGUGAUGUCAUUGGUAUCCCCUCCCCCACAAUCACCUGGACUAAAGACGGGCAGAAUGUGGUGGACUCCCCUGGAGUGUAUCUACAGAAUGGGAAGAGACUUCUGAGAAUCUACCGGGUCCAGACAGAGCACGGUGGCCAGUUCAGCUGCAUAGCUAGUAACACAGCUGGGCAAGCCCGAAGGGACUACAACAUUGUUGUACAAGCCCCACCAGUGAUCUCGGGGACAUCCAGGGUACAGGACCUGUCAGUGGUGUCAGGACAGGAGGUGGAGUUCCAGUGUCGGGUCAGUGGGCGCCCAGCCCCCAAAGUUGAAUGGAGCCGGGAUGGAGAGGUGCUGUCCAAGGACGGGGACCCCCAUGUGGAGUUCCAUGAGCAGGGCCAGGCGAUGAAGGUGAAGGCAGUCAGACUGAGGGACCAGGGCUUGUACCAGUGUCUGGCCAGUAACAGCGCUGGGACACAGAUGCGCCAGUUCAGACUCACUGUGCAAGCUCCCCCCACCAUCAUGGGCCCCYGUGAGACCUCAGAGGUGUCUGUGGUGUUGGGUUUCCCCACGGUUCUGCCCUGUGACGUAGAAGGUUCUCCCAUGCCCAGUAUCACCUGGCUGAAGGACAACCAGCCCAUCGUGUCCAGUGCCCAGCUCACCUACACCCGGGGUGGGCAGGCGCUGCGGUUGGGGGCAGCACAGGGAGACAGUGCCGGUCUCUACACCUGCCGAGCCUCAAACCCAGCAGGCACCACUCUUAAACACUACUCACUCAGUGUGCUGGUUCCACCGCAGAUUGAAGGGGACUCUACAUCUCUGAGUUUCGGUAGCCGAGAUGAGAAAGUCCGGAUCAACGGCUCAUUAACCCUGUCCUGUCUGGCUAAAGGCUUCCCUGAACCCAAGACCCAGUGGUUCAAAGAUGGACAGUUGUUGACUAGGAACUCCCACACUGGUAUCCGUGAGAGUGAUCGCCUUCUUCACAUAGACAAUGCCAUGCUCUCCCAUGAGGGACAAUACACCUGCAUGGUCACCAACACUGCAGGAGAGGACAAGAGAGACUUCCACGUCACUAUUCAGGUUCCUCCCAUCUUCCAUCGGGGGAGUAACGGUGCAGCAGCCUGGGGUCUGGGAGGAGAGGAGGAGGAGGAGGAGGGAGGGGUUAGAGAUGAUGAGAUGACAGAAAGAAGGGAGGUGGUCCUGGGGCAUCCCAUCAGCCUGUCCUGUGAGAGUAACGCCAUCCCUCCGCCCCAUCUCAGCUGGUACAGAGAGGGACGCAAGCUCUCCACCGCUGACGGAGUWGUACUGCUGCCAGGUGGGCAGGUACUCCAGAUUCCACGGGUCCAGCAGGAGGAUGCUGGGAAAUAUACGUGUCAGGCGGUGAACGAGGCAGGGGAGGACCGCAUGCACUUUGACCUGGAGGUUCUAGUCCCCCCAGUGAUAACGGGCCAGUUGGAUGAGUUCAUGGAGGAGAUAGGAGCAGUGGUGAACAGUACCGUGGCUCUCCACUGUGACGUGACAGGUCACCCAGAACCAGCCAUCUCCUGGCUGAGGGACGGCACACCGCUGCCCUCCGGACAAAACCACAGCAUCAGUGAGGACGGGAGACAACUACAGAUCCUCAGUGUGCAGGUGUCAGACAUGGCCAGCUACCUUUGUGUGGCUGAGAACAAGGUUGGAGCAGUGGAAAAACUCUUCAGUCUGACUGUGCAAGUUCCCCCAAGGAUGGUAGCUGGCAGGGAGGAGGAGGUGAGUGUGAUAAAGGGUCACAUGGUGUCCAUGCUGUGUGACGUCCAGGCGUACCCUCCUCCAGAGAUCACAUGGACCAGAGAUGGACAGGUCCUCCAGUUCAGCACGGGCAUCCAUAUCCUGCCAGGAGGUCAGAUGCUGCAGCUGCCCCGGGCCAGACUAGAGGAUGCAGGACAGUACGUGUGCACUGCCACCAACUCAGCAGGCCAGGACCAGAAGAGCAUACUGCUCAGUGUCUAUGUCCUGCCCACGCUGAAGCCCCGCCUUGACUCUGAGUCAGAGGUCCUGACCCCUCAGGUGGGGUCAUCUGUCACUCUGCGUUGUGAAGCUCUGGGCAUUCCGACGCCUGAGGUCACAUGGUACAGGAACGGGCUGCAGCUGGCAGCUAGGACUGGACUGAAAGUGGAGCAGCAUCAGCUGGAGAUCAUGGGAGUGCAGGUGGCUGAUGGUGGAAUGUACAUCUGCAAGGUGUCCAAUGUGGCUGGACAAGUGGACAGGACCUUCCGCUUGACUGUCCAUGUACCCCCUGUCCUGGAUGGACCUCUUCAUGAGUCCCUCACCCAAAACCUGGGCUCCCAUGUCACCUUGCUGUGUGAGGCUACAGGGGUCCCAGUACCCAGUAUAACCUGGCUGAAGGAUGGCACCCCUAUUGAGAGCAGUCUGCAGUGGCAGUGGUCGGUACGAGGCAACAGGCUGGAGCUGGGUCCGCUGACCCUCUCUCACGCUGGAACCUACACCUGUGUGGCCAAGAACAGGGAGGGACAGACUCAGAAGGACUUUGCUCUCACAGUGCAAGUGUCGCCCACAAUCCUGGACUCUGGCCAUCCAUCUGACCUGAGUGCCCCAGUGGGCGAUGAGCUGACUCUGGAGUGCAAAGUGACAGGCACACCCACACCCCACCUCAGCUGGCUGAAGAAUGGAGUGACUCUGGAGGGCUCAGACACCCAAGAGAUAGACAUAUCCCCUAAUGGGAGCACUCUAACCGUGCUAAGGCUGAGGCCUGAGGACUCUGGGACUUACACCUGUCUGGCUGUCAGCCCUGCUGGCCAGGAGAGCAAGAUCUUCACCCUCCUUGUACUGGUGCCCCCCUCUAUCUCGGGCGAGACCAGUGCCCCCAGAGAGGUGCAGACCACCCAGGACAGUGUGGUGACCCUGGAGUGCCAGGCAGCGGGUAACCCUCCACCUCAGAUCAGCUGGCUCAGGAAUGGACGCCCCCUGCUCCUCUCUCCACGUAUCCGCCUUCUCUCUACAGACACUGUACUCAGGAUCUCUCCAGUGCAGCUGUCAGACUCUGGGGUCUAUACGUGUGUGGCACGCAGUCGUGCUGGCCUCGCUGAGCUUAACUUUGAUGUACAGGUCCAAGUUCCUCCAGGUGUGGACCGUGUGGAGCCUGUAAAGCCGGUCACAGUGGUGCGGGGGUCCCUGGUGACGCUGACCUGUGAGGCGCAGGGUGUCCCCCCUCCCUCCUUGAAAUGGCUAAAGGACGGCCAGCCUCUGUCCCUGCAUCGCAACCUGCUGCUUGACGGCCAGGAGACGCGGCUGCAGCUGCCUGACGUGGGGCUCUCUGACAGAGGCCUCUACAGCUGUGUGGCCAGCAACCAGGCUGGCAGCAGCACCAAGAGCUUCAACCUCACUGUGUUGGAGCCUCCAAAGAUCUCCAUCAGCUCUCCAGAGGAGUUGAUGGUGGCCGUGAACACUGCUCUGGAGCUGGAGUGUAUUGCAGAGGGCGUCCCCUCUCCUACCCUCAGCUGGCUCAAGGAUGGGCGCCCUCUACAGGGAGAUAGUGAGAUAGUAGWGGAGGACGGACACUUCCUCAGGAUUACCAAAGUGCAAGUGGAGGAUGCAGGUCUAUACACCUGUCUGGCUAGCAGCCCAGCAGGCGAGGAUGGAAGUAACCACUGGGUCCGUGUUCAAGUUCCCCCAACUCUUCUUGGUUCUGAUGAUGUCAGAACGUUGUCAGUCCCAGCCAAGGGACACCUGACUCUGGAGUGCCAGGCUGACAGUGACCCUCCACCUGACAUAGAGUGGUACAAGGACGACGUGAAAUUACAGCUGGGGGGUCGUAUCCAGAGGCUGGCCGGGGGUCAGUACCUGGAGAUCCAGGACGUCAGGCCUCAGGACAGUGGCCAGUACAGCUGUGUGGUCACCAACAUGGCUGGAAGCACCAACCUCUUCUUCACUGUGGAGAUCCUCAUGCCACCAGUCAUCAGAGAGAGCAGCUCUGUGGUCACUGCACAUAUCAGUCAGGAUGCAGUCUUGCCCUGUGAAGUAGAGGGGGAGGCCUCACCUACAAUCCUGUGGAGGAAAGAUGGCAUCCCUAUAGGUCCUGACGACAACAAGUACACCACGCUGUCUGAAGGCUCUCUGCGUGUGAAGGCUGUUCAGCUGAGUGAUGCCGGACGCUACUACUGCACCGUGUCCAAUCAGGCCGGAUCAGAUCACCAUGGGAUGGACUUACGCGUGUUUGUUGGUCCCUCGAUCAACCCUGGUCCCUUCAACGUGACGGUGACCACAGGGGUGAGAGCCGUGCUGAGCUGUGAGGCCACAGGUAUACCUGCACCUAAAGUCACCUGGAAGAGGAAUGGGACUCCCAUAGACCUCAACCAUCAGCCUGGCACAUACAGGUUACUCUCCUCUGGAUCUCUGGUCAUUUCCUCUCCAUCCAAUCAGGAUGAGGGAUACUUUGAAUGCACAGCAGCCAAUGAGGUUGGAGAGGAGCGCAGUGUCAUUGAGGUUAUCCUACAAGCCCCCCCCACCAUUGAAGAUGACAUCACAACAGUCAUUGCUAUCAAAAUGGCCCCUGUGGUGCUGCCAUGCCAUGCCCAGGGCCGCCCAGAGCCCAGUGUCAGCUGGACCAAGAGUGGAGCCAAGCUGGGUUCCCGAGGGGGGAGUUAUCGGGUCCUGCCCACAGGGGUGCUGGAGAUUACAGCUGCUACCCCCAGUCAUGCAGGGAGGUACACCUGCUCUGCCCGGAACCCUGCAGGGGUGGCCCACAAACACAUCACUCUCACAGUGCAAGAGCCCCCUGAGAUCAGGCCCAUGACAGAGGAAGUACAAGUAGUGUUGCAUCAUGGGACAGUUCUGCCCUGCGAGGUGAAAGGUUUCCCUCGACCCUCCAUCACCUGGCAACGAGAGGGUGUUCCCAUAUUAACUGGUCACAGACUGGCUCUCCUCUCAAAUGGAGCUCUGAAGUUCUCUCGGGUCACACUGGGUGAUGCGGGCACUUACCAGUGCCUGGCACAGAAUGAAGCUGGCACAGCAAUGGGAAGGACACGGCUCGUGCUGCAAGUUCCCCCAGUACUGAGUGUUCCUCGUGUGGAGUACACGGCCGUGCUGGGCCAGCCAGUGAGCAUGGAGUGUGUGGCAGAUGGACAACCCCAGCCAGAGGUGUCCUGGCACAGGGAACGCAGGCCCGUCACAAAGGGGGCACACAUACAGCUCUUUGCCAACGGCACCCUGAGGAUCGCGGCCUCACAACGUAGUGAUGCUGGCCUGUACACCUGCUCUGCAAAAAACCUCGUUGGCAGGGCCAGCCAUGACAUGAGGCUUGUCAUAAUGAUCCCGCCUAUGAUUCCUGGUGGUCAGCCAGAGCUGUCUGUUGUCCAGGGCUUCCAGGCCUUGUUGCCGUGUGCGGCUCAGGGUUCGCCAGAGCCCCGGGUGUCAUGGGAGAAGGACGAUAACACCGUGCCCAACCUGCCUGGCAAAUUUACUGUUCUGCGAUCAGGAGAGCUGAUCAUUGAGAGGGCAGAGCCAGGUGAUGGUGGUGUGUUCACCUGUGUGGCCACCAACACAGCAGGCACAGUGAGACAGGACACCCGCCUGUCCGUCAACAUGAGGCCCGCCUUCAAGGAGUUACCUGGUGACGUGACCCUGAACAAAGGCCAAAGUCUCAGCUUGUCUUGCCAUGGCCAGGGCACCCCUACCCCUGUCAUCUCCUGGACCGCUAACAACAGCCCCUAUCCAGGUUCCAGUGUGGAUGAGGCAGGCAGAAGCUCCUUGGUCAUAGAGAAUGUGACCAUGAGUGAUGCGGGAACCUAUGUGUGCCUAGCAGAGAACAGUGUGGGCACCAUUAGAGCACUCUCAUUUGUCCGCAUUAGAGAACCUCCAGUUUUGAAGGGAGAGGCCCAUAUCUCUCAGACUGUGGCCCAGGGUGGCACAGCCAUGCUGGACUGUCCUGUCCAGGGAAACCCCAGUCCUGUCCUCCGCUGGCUCCGUGACGGCAGACCCCUUCUCCGCUCCCUUCGCCUGCAGCCCCUCCAUAAUGGCUCCCUGGCCAUCUACAGCAUCACGAGAGGAGAUGCAGGAGAGUACCAGUGUGUGGCUGAGAGUGAGGCUGGAGUCGCUGAGAGAACCGUCUCUCUCAAAGUACAGAUUAAGGGAGGUUACUCUAAUUGGGAGGAGUGGGGCCCAUGCAGCARCACCUGUGGACGAGGGGUUCAGGAGCGAAUCAGGUUAUGCAACAAUCCAGAGCCAGUCAAUGGGGGGCGAUCAUGUGACGGUCCCAGUAUGGACUCCAGAAGAUGUCAGACUGGACUCUGUCCAGGGGAGGCCCCUCGUAAGGCCAGGGGCAGCCUGAUAGGGAUGGUGAAUGAUAGGGAGUUUGGGGUGUCGUUCCUGGAGGUUAACAUCACAGAGAACCUAGACGAUGGAACCAGCACCCUGCAGGCCCACCUGGACAACAUCCCCCCUAGUGUGGGUCCAUUGCUGCGGGCGCUCGUGUCUGUGUUUGCUCCCAUCUACUGGACCACAGUGCUGCAGACUGGAGCAGCCAGGAACGGCUACUCACUGACCCAGGGCCUGUUCAGACAGGAGUCCCAACUGGAGUUUGACACAGGUGAGAGCCUUCGGGUAACACAUGUAGCCAGAGGUCUGGACUCAGAGGGGGUUCUCCUCAUGGACAUCGUUAUCAAUGGCUUUGUCCCUCCAACAUUAUCAACCUCCCAUCUCAAUCUGCAGGAGUUUGAUGAGUCAUACGUGCAGAUGGGUCCAGGGCAGCUGUACUCGUGGUCGUCCCAGGCCCAUCAGAGAGCAGGCGGUCCCAUGGUGCUGCGCUGUAACCACUCCAUCAUCUACGAGGGCCGAGAGGAGCGCCAGGGGCCCCUGUUGCAGCUGCUUAAGGUGUCCCAGAUGAGUGCCAUCUACAGCAUAUUCACUCUCAGUUUGGACUUCCAGAUGACAGCCUCAUUACUCCUACCAGAUGGUGAUGGAGAAACAUGCCCGAAAGGUUUUGUCCUGGAUACAGCCUCUUACUGUGCUGAUGAGGAUGAAUGUGCUGCAGAAUCGCCCUGCUCUCAUUCCUGCAACAAUGUGAUGGGUGGCUUUUCCUGUGCCUGUCCCUCCGGCUUCACCAUCUCUCCAAAGACCAACACAUGCCAAGAUAUUGAUGAAUGUGCCCAGGGUUCCCACAUGUGCCACUACAACCAGCAGUGUGUGAACACGGUUGGCACGUACCGCUGCCAGGCUAAAUGUGGCCCAGGGUUCAAGCCCAGCGCCAUGGGAACCAGCUGUGAAGAUGUGGAUGAGUGCCAGGAGUCGUCUCUCUCCCCGUGUCAGCAGCAGUGUCUGAACACCCUGGGCUCCUUCCGCUGUGUCUGCAACCCUGGCUACCAGCUCUCUGGGCACCGCUGUCUAGACAUCAACGAGUGCGGCAGGAAUGUGUGCCCAGCUCACCAGCAGUGCCGCAACACAGAGGGAGGCUACCAGUGUUUCGACAGCUGCCCAGCUGGCAUGAGAAUGGGAGAGAAUGGGGCCUGUGUGGAUGUGGACGAGUGCCAGGAUGGGAGCCACAUGUGCCGCUACAGCCAGAUCUGUCAGAACACCAUUGGGGGGUACGGCUGUGUCUGCCCUAGAGGUUAUCAGUCCCAGGGGGUGGGACGUCCAUGCCUGGACGUUGAUGAGUGCCUACAGACGCCGAGUCCAUGUGCCCACCAGUGCCGUAACGUGCCAGGCAGCUUCCGGUGCCUCUGCCCACCAGGCACUGUGUUACUGGGGGAUGGGCGCUCCUGUGCUGGCCUAGAGAGAGGACAGGCCUUCUCCAACGGUACCCGCAUCAGGGAAAGACUGCGCCCACAGCUGGUGUCAUCGCUUGGUAGGCCCAUCCUCUCACGGCAUCAUGGGGUAUCCCGCAUCACCAGACAGAGCUGCCCCAUAGGCUACACCAACCGAGAUGGRACAUGUGUCGAUGUGGAUGAGUGCUUGCUGAGGAAGCCGUGCCAACAUGAGUGCCGAAACACAAUAGGCAGUUUCCAGUGCCUCUGUCCUACAGGCUACCAGCUCUUACCCAACGGCAGGAGCUGUAAAGACAUUGAUGAGUGUGCAGUACAAGGCAUCCAGUGUGGACACAACCAGAUGUGCUUCAACACUCGUGGAGGACAUCAGUGUCUGGACACGCCCUGCCCUGCAUCCUAUCAGAAAGGAGGGAGCCCAGGGACGUGCUACAGACCCUGCUCUUGGGACUGUGCCUCUGGAGGUUCCCCUCUGCUACUCCAGUACAAGCUGCUGACCCUCCCCCUCGGCAUCCUAGCCAAUCACAAUGUGGUGCGCCUGUCGGCCUUCUCUGAGGUGGGGGUGUUGCAGGAGAGAACAUCCUUCACCAUCCUGGAGCAGGGCAGUGAGGGGGAUCCGGGGGCAGGGGGCCAGAUAUUUGGCAUCAGGGAUGAGGCAGGCAGGGGCAUCAUCUUCACCCUACGGCCCAUGCAGAGGCCAGGCCUGGUGCGUUUGAGGGUGCAGGCCACCACCCUCUCCACACAGGGCCGCAUCACAUACCAGAGCAUCUUCAUCAUCUACAUCUCCAUCUCUAGAUACCCCUACUGAGCCCCCCCUCAGCUGGAGGGUGGAACUGACUGUGUUUUUCCCUAAAAUGCCCCUGUCCCCUUCCUCAAUCUCUGUAGAAUCAGGCCCCCGGCCUGGGAGAACGAGCAUGCCAACCAAGCCAAGCCAAGGACGCACUAAUCAAGAGACAAGGCAAACAGUAUUAUCACUAAGGAUUUCACUGAUAUUUGGACCCUUAUCUGUGGUACAAUGUAAACUGUAUUGAAAUGGAUCUUAAACUGUGAGGACAUGGUUUAGUCAAAAUCUGUUCUGUUUUGUUGGAUUUAUCACAAUGAACAUGCCAAAGAAGGUCCUAUAGCAUUAGAAUGGCGUGCAGCUAUUUAUAUUGUGAAAAUGCUACAGGUUUGUCAAUAUUAUUUUAUCUCGUGUUUUCCUAUUCUUUUAAGUCAUUGUUGUCACAUGAAUCAGCUAUAAGGUGCUAUUCUGAAUGUACUGUACUUGAGUGUGUUUACGUUUAUGGCCUUAGCUUCAUCGAAGCAGUGAGCCAUAUGGCGUUUGUGUUACAAGAACAAACGGAUGAGAAAGCAUUUCCUCCCCCGGCCUGGACUAAACCAUCUUAAGCAGGAAGUAGAAGACCAUUUGAGUUUGAUUGCUCUCAUUGGACUCUGUGCUGAAUGGAGUUGGCCUCCACUAGCAGGGCCACAACAUGGACAUCAGAGAAAAUGUCCCUUUCUGCUUAAUCACGUUUAGUCUGUAGGCUGUAGUAUUCUGAUUUAGCCAUUCAUCUUUCUAAAUGUGUUUCAAAAUUCCAUGGUUAAAAACCAUAGAGGGAGGGAAGCAACAAAGACAUCGUGCUGAGCAACAACUAUUUAUUGUUAAACCAAAAGCAUACUCAGUGAGUAGUAUGCACACACACACACACACACCCCAAAAUGUGAAGAACCACAUCCAGUGGGUGUUUGUGAAACAGGGAAAGAGGAGGCAGACGAAUAUUAAUAGAAAAUAUGCACAAUAUACUUGUGAAUUAAACAUGCUGAACAAACUCAGCAAAAUCAUGGCUGCAAUAGUGCAGUGUACAUUUCUUUAGAAUUUCGACUGCACCCUCCCUUCUAUUAGCUGUGUGAUGAAUUAACCAACAUUUCAGUGUCACUGUAUACACAUGUAAAACCAUCAAAUUCAUCCAAAAAUGUCUGUUUUAGAAAAUGUGUAUUACUGUCCGCUUUGAUCAUUGGUAGUAAUGCACGUUAAAUGUGUUUUAACUGUAAGUCAACCAAUGAGAAAAUGAAAUUAAACUUUGCCAUUUAUGACACAAUUA